AUGAGUCUGGAUAUGGCCAGCAGAUAUGGCCAGCGGUUUCUGAGCAAUCAAGAUGACCGAAAGAGCCAAGUUGAAAUCAGACUUCGUAUGUCCGUUUGGGCAUUUUCAGUGGAUUCGAAUGUCAUUUGGUCUGAAAAAUGCACCCCUGAUUUAAUAAUUGCCUGGGAGGCGGAAGUGGACCAAGAAGUUUUGGAUUACCUGAAUCUGGACCCCCAGGAUGAUGGACCCCCAGGACGACCAUGUUUCUCGGUUGUUGCCAACCCUGGCGGACCAAAUGACAGUGUUCAAAGGAACAUCCUUGCUCCAACCCAGAUGUCGCCUGUCCUAAGCUCUUAUAUCGAUGAUAUCGCGCACGGCGCACCAACUUGGGGUGCAUUGUGUGCUGAUUUUGAUGCUUUGCUAUACAGGCUGCGGUAUUGGAAUAUCUCAGUGAGUCUGCCGAAAUGCGAGUUCGGGAAAUUGUCCAUCCCGUAUUUGUCACAUGAGAUCAGCGCUGAAGGGAUCAGGGCAACACCGAAGAUCGCUAAGGGGGUUCAGGAUUUACCGUUCCCAACUACCCUGAAGGGAGUGAAAUUUUUCUUGGGCAGCUUGAAUUACUAUCAUAAAUUCAUUGAAGACGACCCCGUGGUUGAGGCUUCCCUGUAUGAACUCUCGGACGACCAAGUGCGCUCAGGGCGAGAUCUCUCCAGGGCAAAGCAGGCGUUUGAAAUUCUGAAACACAAGAUCGUAUCGACCCCAGACACCCUGACAGGACCAAACCUCCUGGGUCAAGAACAUGACGGUUUGAUCCAGCCAGUGCGUUUUACAGGCCGGGUUCUCCACGAUGCGGAAUUGAGGUAUCACAUCGCAGAAAAGGAAGUCAUCGCCGUGCUGAGGGUACUACAGGUGUUCAGGACCCUCAUUCAGGGUUGUCCUCUCGUCGUGUACACUAGGCAUUCGGUUCUGAAGUGGAUCAUGAAAUCCAAGACGGCGGAUGGGAGAUGUGUACCCUGGGGCGUUCUACUUUCGCAGUGGAACCUAGAUGUCAGCAAGAUCCAGCGAGACGAAGAUGGACUAGCUGCCAUCCUGGGCGCCGGUAUCACACCUCGAGAGCAUUUAGACGAAGUUGCCGAGGAACUCAUCCCUGCCAAGGGGCGUGCGAAACCGCCGCCGAUAAUCAGUGUGGAGAUGUUGGAAGAUACCUUCGAGGGCAUCGUUUUAAGUUUUGAUGGUGCUGCCAAGACGUCUACCCGGCAAGAUGUCACUGUGAAUGACGCCGAGUACUGUGGACUCCUGAAUGGUUUAACCAUGGCACAAGCCAGGGGCGUCAGAGACCUGAUCGCUGUGGGUGACUCACGAAUCGUCCUCCAGCAAGUACAGGGUCUGAUUAAUUGUAAUCAGCCUAACUUGCAAAGACGAUUGACCAGCUGUGAAACAUUGAAAGCAAAGUUCGACUCGCGGGACUUCAAUCAGGCAGCAGAUUACCUGACUUCCAAGACACUGUUGCUUGGAAGAUCCUGGAGUGUCCAAGAUGAUGGAGAACGUCAACACCUGGAGCGAGUAUCCAACAUUCAAGAGAAGUGGAUGAAGUCAGCCGAGGGUCACCCGGCGACUGGCCAUUCAGGAUUCGUUAUCACCCAGGACGAAGAAGGUUGCCCAGACGAUCCUAGACGCCCUUCUACCCUGGAU